AUGCAGGAGAAUCGCCAACUCGACUCACCAGAACCAACAGAGGUCCAGGUUGCUGUUCAAUCCACCGGUCUUUGCGGCUCGGAUCUUCACUAUUUCAAUCACUACCGAAACGGAGAUAUCAUAGUCAAGGAGCCUUUAACUCUGGGCCAUGAAUCUUCCGGCGUCGUAGUAGAAGUCGGCUCAGCCGUCACUGGCCUCAAGGCCGGAGACAGAGUUGCUCUCGAAGUUGGCCUGCCAUGUCUUGAAUGCAACCUCUGCAAAGAAGCACGAUAUAAUAUUUGUAAAACAUUAAGAUUCAGGAGCUCUGCCAAAUCUUUUCCACAUUUUCAGGGUACACUACAGGAGAGGAUAAAUCACCCUGCCGCUUAUUGCCAUAAGCUUCCUUCCAAUGCCUCUUUAGAAUUAGGAGCAAUCCUCGAGCCUUUAGGUGUUGCCAUUCAUGGAUCACGACGUGCAGCGUUGAAAUCUGGUAGCACUGUCCUGAUUUUUGGAGCCGGUGCAGUGGGCCUUCUCUGCGCAGCCAUGUGCAAAGUUUCUGGAGCCAAAAAAGUCAUCAUAGCAGAUAUCCAGGAGGCCAGGGUGGUCUUUGCGGUUCAGAAUAAAUUCGCCGACGAGCAGAUUGUUGUUCCGAUGAAGAGACCUCAAGCGAUCGAAGAGAAACUUGCUUUUGCAAAAGAAGUUGCAGAGCUCAUCAAGGCCAAGUCUGACAUAGGAGAGGUUGAUGCUGUGUUUGAGUGCACUGGUGUAGAGUCCUGCUUGCAAGCCGCUAUUUAUUCAACACGACCCGGAGGACGAAUAAUGCUGAUUGGAAUGGGUAGUCCCAUUCAAACACUCCCAAUUUCAGCCGCUGCCCUUCGAGAAGUCGAUCUUAUUGGGGUCUUCAGAUAUGCCAAUACCUAUCAAGAGGCAAUAGAGUUAGUUUCAAGUGGAAACCCGCUAUUACCUGACCUGUCGAAACUCGUUUCACAUAGAUUCGAAGGCUUCGCUGGUAUUCCUGAAGCAUUUGAUAUGGCAGGGAGGGUCAAAGAUGAUGAUGGAAAGCUAGUAUUAAAAGUCCUUGUAGAUACCACGAGCCCAUAG